CGUCUGUAAAAAAAAAAAAAAACAGUCAAAAAAGGCAGAAUCAUGUAAUAUUUAUGGAUCCAGAGUUGUGCGGGUGCCUAAACGAAGUCGAUUGACGCGCGCGUUAAACCAGCCGCAUGUGAUUUCUAGCUUCAGUCAUUUUGGCAGCACGAUGCGAGAGGGAGACAGACAGCGAGCUGUGAAACUGGACCCUCUGCCAGAGAUGUCGACAGAGAGGAAUCCCUGAAACCGCCGCUGCCCAGGAAAUAUGGACAAAUCUUGUUUUCUGUGCGAGUGCGGGCUGUUUUUCUGUCGGUUUUUGCACAUUGCUACAGUGUAGUGGACCAGGAUGCCGUGUGGGCGAUGCUGCCACAAGGGAUACAUUGUGAUUUCGCAGAGAUGUUUUAGCAACCGUUGCAUAAAUUAAAAUAAGAAGAAAAAAAAAACACCCCGUCACAUAAGGGAUUGGUGUUCGAGUCCAAAGGGAUCUAAUAAGACAUCACCACCUGUUACUAGAAAAAUCAGCUCUUAUCAGAUCACGGCAGCACCUCACCUGCAAGUGGAUUUCAGAAUGAUACCUUAGCCACAUUGUCUUGUUACUGCAGCACGGCCACCUCACUUACAGGAUAGCCUCAUUCUGCUCUUCAGCAGCAGCUCCACCGGGAAUAAUCCUCCUCCCUGCCCCCUGCAACACCUACAGCCAGCCAGGAGAGGUGACAGCGGCGCUCCCCCUCUCUCUCUCUCUCUCUCUCUCUCUCUCCUCCCCCCUCAACCCGUGUAUGACAGCCAUGAUUUGGGGAGGCCCUCUGCUACGGUUCAGACCUGGGAUCAACUCACUGCUAGAUGGCUAGAUCUCAACAUACAAAGAGCUGGGGGCCUUUCUAUUGAGUAUUCCUCACUGCAUAGUAGCACAUGGAUUUCAAGACUUCAAAUGAAGAGACAAAGACUGGGAUUUAUUUGAUGCAAGAAGGUAAUGAGGAGCCGUUUAAUAUUCGACUGCACUUGGCAAAAGAUAUUCUGACCAUUCAAGAACAAGAUGUCAUCUGUGUGUCAGGAGAGCCUUUUUAUUCAAGUGAGAGGACUGUAACGAUCAGGAGGCAGACGAUUGGAGGGUUUGGCCUGAGCAUCAAGGGUGGAGCAGAGCAUAAAAUCCCUGUUGUGAUAUCAAAAAUAUCAAAAGAACAAAAAGCUGAACUCUCUGGGCUGCUUUUCAUUGGAGAUGGCAUCCUUCAGAUAAAUGGAAUAAACGUGAGAAGCUAUCGCCACGAGGAAGUGGUCCAGGUUUUGAGAAAUGCUGGUGAAGAAGUGACUCUUACUGUCUCGUUCCUAAAGAAGACUCCAGCCUUUCUGAAACUGCCCCUGUGUGAGGAUUGCACAUGUAUUCCCAGCGACCAGAGUAGCGGGACCUCCUCCCCACUGUGUGAUAGCGGCCUGCACUUGAACUACCAUCCUAACAACACGGACACGCUGUCCUGCUCAUCCUGGCCCACGUCCCCGGGGCUUCGCUGGGAGAAGAGAUGGGUGGAUCUGCGCCUAAUUCCACUGCUCCACUCGCGCCUGUCGCAGCACAUGCCGGGCUCUGACGUCUGCAGGAAAAAUGCUUUCCAGGUCAUAGCUGUGGAUGGUGUCUGCAGCGGAGUCAUACAGUUCCCCACAGCUGAAGACUGCUUGGACUGGCUUCAGGCAAUAGCGAGCAACAUUUCCAGUCUCACCAAGCACAAUGUGAAGAAGAUCAACCGAAAUUUUCCAGUAAAUCAGCAGAUUAUCUACAUGGGCUGGGUCGACGAGAAGGAGCAGGACUCCGUUCAGGACCGAAUGUAUUCACCAAAGUUCCUCGCUUUGAGGGGUUCCUCCCUCUUCAAGUUUUCAGCUCCUCCUGUGACAACAUGGGAUUGGACCAGAGCAGAGAAAAGCUUUACUGUGUACGAGAUAAUGUGCAAGAUUUUAAAGGAUAAUGACCUCCUGGACAAGAGGAAGCACUGCUUCAGCGUCCAGACGGAGAGUGGAGAGGACAUGUUCUUCAGCGUGGAGCUGGAGUGCGAGCUGCUGAUCUGGGAAAAGGCUUUUCAGAUGGCCACUUUCCUGGAGGUGGAGAGGAUACAGUGUAAAACAUAUGCCUGUAUCAUGGAGAGCCACCUCAUGGGACUUACGAUUGACUUCAGCAUGGGGUUUGUGUGCUUUGAUGCUGCUUCAAAGGCAGUGCUGUGGAGAUACAAGUUCUCCCAACUAAAAGGAUCAUCUGAUGACGGGAAAAGCAAGAUCAAGUUUUUAUUCCAAAAUCAAGACUCCAAAUCUAUUGAAGCAAAGGAGCUGGAGUUCUCAAACCUCUUUGCUGUGCUUCAUUGUAUUCACGCUUUUUUUGCUGCCAAAGUUGCUUGCCUGGACCCGAUGUUUGUGGAGAGCCAAGGCAAUGCAACUACCACGGGGAUUCCUUCACUUUCCAGCAUCUCGUGUAAUUCACAGACACCUAAACUGAAAUAUGCCACUUGACAGGUGCUGCUCUCUCCAGAGCCCUUCUAACUUAGUCAUGACUGUGGCCUAAAAUGGAGGACAGGAGAACUGAAAAAAAAAAAUGUUGACACGUGACAUUAUGGAGGACAGCUGUGCAUAGUGAUGGAACUCCUCAGGAGCGAAACACUCGACAUCUCUGAAGAAAGCAUCUGGACCUAAACACGAAGCUCUACUUUGAAUAACUUCACAGAAAGACUCAAUGGACACACAAAGUGUGCAAUUCAAAAAAUAUUUUUAAAUGAAUUUGUCCUUCUCUUGAUCCUCAGACAUCCUUAUUAUUGACACAUCACAAAGAAAAAAAUGCAGUUGUUUUCCCAAGGUAGUCUUCUUUUAUUUCUCCUUUUAUUGAGGUGAUUUGGAGUUUAAUCAAAACACAUCUUAGCUUUUUUUUUUUCUCCACAUCAGCCGGCAUCACUUGAACUUCUGCGAGGAUAUUUAAUGACACUGGAUAUGUACAAGAUUGUAAGACGCUCUCUAUUUUACUCUUACCUGCACACAUACAUCAAUAAGAAGUAGAAUUUCCACUAAAGUGUAAUAAGAGUCCAACUAAAAGCUAAAUAGCAGCAUCAAUCUGAUCUUGCAGUCCAAAAUUUAACUAAAUUCGAUUAGACAAAAGUUUGCUGGCAGCGUUGGUGGAUGAAAUGAAUGUUUUAGAUCAGUGUGUACAAAUACACCGAGUCAACUCAUUUCUUUUUUCUCUGUAUAUGACGUAAACCCACCUGUGAGCUCAGAAUAUACCCAUUUCCUGGAUUACUGGAUAGGAAAGGCUCACGAUGCUGUAUGAAAGCAUAGAGUUUAUUAUAUGGACUGAAGAGUGACACUUUGAUAAUCAGGUUCACCAUCCACUCGAACAUAAUCUGACAAUACCACUCUAUAAACAUGAUUAGAAAAGUAGACGCCUUCUAUGAUGUUUUAUAGCAUUUUUUUUUUUCCACCAAAACUUGAUUAUGUAAAUAAACACUGACAUUCAAAUGAACUCUGAAGAAUUAUGAAUUAUGGCGAUUACUUGAGGGAUUACUUGUAGGGAUUAGGGCAUUUGUUAAUUUGAUGUGCGCCAGAGACAAGUAGGUAGAUAGCUCAUAACCUCGUGCUCUCUUCAUUGUUUAUUACUCUAUGGACCAAUUUAGAAGAAUAAAAUCAGCUAUGGUGUAUUUUUUGGAAUAUUUGAUCUUUUUUGACUUGUAAAUAUAAUUAAAAGGUUUUCAUUGACAAUGAGAAAAACACACCGCAAAGGAAAACAGAAAUAUACUGUAUGUAGCAUCAUGGCCUCUAAAGGUUUGAGAUGCCCCUUUAAACGUCACACUGCGCUAAACAGUUUAUAAAUCGCUGCAGAGUGACAACUAAACGAUCAUAUUCAAAAAGAGUUCAAGUUCAGGUCAAUUAGCACAAUUAAUCAUGCUCUUACCUUCCAUUUACAAAGUAGAGUCCAAACAGAAGAGGCCCGUUGGUAAGUAAACUCUAGAGGGAAGCAAAUUAAAUGGGGUCAAUAAAGUGCUCGGUACUGUGUGGGCUUGUUAAGCUGACACGAGUGUCUGAGGGAGACUAAUGGUGGUGCAGUCUAUGCAAAGAAAGUCUGAGUGAGGCUUUUGUGCUUUAAGUCGGUCGCAUACCCUUAUAACACAGGAUCUAGAGAGUGAGGUUUAUUUUAUUUUUUG